ACCGCCUGCACCUCCCACACAACACCUCCCUACGAUAUUUAUACGCAAGCAAUAUCCCCACAAAAAAAAAUACCAAGAAAUAAUUAAAAAGAAAAAUGACAACAAAAUCAAGAAGAGACGCGGAAGCGGAGCUCAACUUACCAGCAGGCUUCCGGUUCCACCCAACCGACGAAGAGCUGGUGAUCCACUACCUCUGCGCCAAGGUCGCCAAGCAGACCCCCCAGGUUCCCAUCAUCGCCGACAUCAACCUUUACAAAUACGACCCAUGGGAUUUGCCCGAGAAGGCUCUGUUCGGUCAGAGGGAGUGGUAUUUCUUCACGCCGAGGGAUCGGAAGUAUCCGAACGGAUCGGCUGAUGGGAGUCGGGGUGCUACUAGCUAUAAGAAAGGAAGCUUGAGGUUGGAUGACUGGGUUCUAUGUCGGCUCUACAACAAGAAAAACGCUUGGGAGAAGAAGAUAAAACUGCAAGAAGAAGAGAACUCGGACAGCUUCCAAACCCUAGAAUCAGAUAUUGAGCUCCCAGACUCUGAUGAUCGCGUUAUUCAACCUCCAUUACUGAAUCCAACUCCAGUUCCAAGCGUCACGAACCAAGUUGCGAGAACUAUCAAAGAAGACAACGAUUGGUUCCGGGACUUCAAUCUCGAUGACUUGCAGAGUUCCUUUGCGGAGUUCCAAUCCGUACCAGGCAUCAGUGGUGGCAGCCACGGUUGCUAUUUCUCAGAACACUUGGUUUGAGUCUUAAAAGCUUUGGAUUCUUUAGUUUGUUUUUUUGGAUCUGCAGUAGACGUCAGGAGUACAUAAUUGAUAGCAUAGCAUACUUGUAAACUAUAUUUUUGGUUCGAUUUUGGAGAAAUUCGAAAUUCUUAUUAUGGUUUGGGAUUCUG